UUUAUUGUUUUAUUUUUUCACUUCAAUAUUUUUACUGAUUGAUUCAGGACCUGUAAAUAUAAAUUUGGAUGAUGAUGAUUCAUAUGAUUAUUAUGGAUCGGAUAACGUCAAAGAUUUAGGAACAAAAACAGAUAAAACUCAUGCAAAUAUUGAACAAGCAGCGCCAAAGCCAUUUGGACGAAAAAUAACAGUUGAUAAAUCAAAAAUUCGCGAUAUGACGUCCAAACUGAAUCAAACGAUUAGCGAUGAUGAUGAUGAUUUAAAUCUAGAUAAAUCUCAACCUCAAAUUGGACUAUCAAGUCUGCAAAAAGCAUCGAAAACUAGUUCGGAAUCAAAUGAAGACGAUGAAUCUAGCGAAAGUAAUUCAGAUGAGUCAAACGACGCAUUUAAGGUUCAGAAUUCAGUACCUGUUAAUGUAGAAAAAACCAAGGUAAAGAUCAACAAAAAAUCUGGUAAGGGUGGCAAAUCAUCGGAAUCAAAAGAAUUUAGUAGUAGUGAGUCAGAUGAAUCGGACGAAACUGAAUCAGGUGGUUCACAACCGGGAUCGAAUCCUUAUUUAUUAAGUCAGUCAGAUAAAUCAGAUUUAACUAAUAGAACAAGACUAACGAGAUCAGUAGGAUCUGGUGAUGAUUCAGACGAAUCCGAUGAAGACGACGAAGCUACUGGAAAAUCGAGCUCAAAUGUCUCUGGAUCCGAUGAAGACGACGAAGCUACUGGAAAAUCGAGUUCAAAUGUCUCUGGAUCAGGUAAAACUAAAUCAGAUGGUGGUGGUUCACAACCGGGAUCGAAUCCUUAUUUAUUAAGUCAGUCAGAUAAAUCGGGCGAAGCUAAUAGAACGAAACAACCGAGAUCAGUAGGAUCUGGUGAUGAUUCGGACGAAUCUGAUGAAGACGACGAAGCUACUGGAAAAUCGAGUUCAAUUGUAUCUGAAUCAGGGGCCAAACAACAAGUAUCUAAAGAAUCUAUCAGUAGUGAGUCAGAAGAAUCAAGUAGCAAUGAGUCAGAUGAAUCAGACGAAACUAAAUCAGGUGGCAAAGUAGAAAAAAACAAAGUGAAGAUCAACAAAAAAACUGGUGAUGGUGAUAAAGGUCCUGGCAAAUCAUCUGAAUCAAAAGAAUCUAGCAGUAGUAGUGAGUCGGAUGAAUCGGACGAAACUGAAUCCGGUGGUGGUGGUUCACAACCGGGAUCAAAUCCUUAUUUAUUAAGUCAGUCAGAUAAAUCAGAUUUAACUAAUGGAACGAGACAACGGAAAUCAGUAGGAUCAGGUGAUGAUUCGGACGAAUCCGAUGAAGACGACGAAGCUACUGGAAAAUUGAGUUCAAUUGUAUCUGAAUCAGGCGAAACUAAAUCGGGUGGUGGUGCCAAACAACAAGAAUCAAAAGAAUCUAGCAGUAGUGAGUCCGAAGAAUCCAGCAAAACUAAAUCAGGUGGUGGUGGUUAUCAACCGGGGUCAAAACCUUAUUCAACGAGUGAUUCUGAUGAAUCCGAAGAAGAUGAUUAUGGUACUGGGAAAAAAUCAGGCGGCGGUGGAGAACAACAGGAAUCGAAAGGACCUAUUAGCAGUGGAUUAGAAAAAUCGGGUGAAGCUAAACCGGCUGGUGGUGGAGAACAACAAGAAUCGGAAGAAUCUAGUAGCAGUGAGUCAGAGGAAUCGGGCGAAAGUAAAUCAGGUGGUGGUGGUUAUCAACCUGGAUCAAAUCCUGCUUUAACGAGUGAUUCGGAGGAAUCCGAUGAAGAUUAUGAUGAUACUGGAAAAAAACAGGAUGAUCAAAAGUCUAAAAGGCAAAUAUCUAGCGGUGUUGUUUAUAGUAGUUCUGGAGAAACAUCUAAAAAAAAUCAGUCAGAGGAAAGCGAAGAAUCUUCAGAAAAACUAUCAGGCGGUUUUAAACAAAAGAAACAAUUAAAAAAAAUACCUUUAAUAAGUUUAUAUGAUUUAAUAUUAAGGACAAAGGAAAUUAUGAAGGAAAAACUUCAUCGCAACCGGACGAAAGGAGAAAAGAAAGGAGAAAAACAUGAAGAUAAAUUACCAAAAAUUAAUUUUCAUUUACCAGGAAGAAUUGGUUUUGGUAAUAAAGAAAAAAAAUCAUCUAAAGAUGAAGAUAAAGAUAAAGAUAAAGAUCAUAAAUUUAAAGGUCUUGAUUCUAUCAGUGAUGUUUUAAAGAAAAGAUUGCCAAAUCCAGCUUCUAUAGUGAAAAGAAUGAGUGACGAAUUUAAGUCAAAUUCAACCAACGAAACAAAAAGUAAAGAAACUAAACCAUCUAAACAUAAAGAUAAUAAAGGUACUGAAGCUAAAUCAAAAGACACAACACCGGAUAAAAGUCAUGAAAGUAGUUCGAAAGAAAAAGGCGAUGAAGAAACGAGCAAAAAAAUAUCUAAAAAAGAUAAAGCGGAGCCUACGCCACCCGAGAAAGAUAUAGUUAAUGUUGAUCAGAAAAAAAGUCAAGAAAAAGAAAAUGUAAAAGAAUCAUCGAAACGUGGAGAUGGAAAAGAAAGUGUUUCUGACAAAGCUAAGGAUAUUGUGGAUGAAAGCAUCGAAAAAAUUAGAUCAAAUGAAGAUUUUCUUAUUCCAAUGGCCAUUAUAACUACAGCGGUAUUGGUCGUCGCUAUCGGUGUCUAUUCAACUCUUCAGAAUCAAAAAAUGAAUUGAUUAAUAUACACAGACACAUUGAUUGAUAGAAUGAUUUUUUCGCUUUCUUUUGAUGAUAAAAAUGA